UGGGAGACCGGGCCCGCCAGCGUGCAGACGGUUCAAGAGCUUUUGGCGGGCACGCGGGCCUACACCACCGUCCAGACGAUGCUCAACGUGCUUCAUCGCAAGGGCAAGGUCACCCGCGCGCUUGAAGACAAAGCAUACCUCUACCGGCCUGCGGUGAGCCGCAGCCAGGCGGUUGGACACGCGCUUGGCGAUUUGGUCGACCGCAUGUUUGGAGGCUCAGCGGAAAGCCUGGUGAUGAGCCUCGUGGAAACGAAACGCCUGACUCCGGCAAAACUCUCGAAGCUUCAAAAGAUGCUCAAAAAGGAGGGGGAUGAUGGGCAGGAUAAGUGA